GUAUCAUUAUUAUUAUUUUUUCCCGUGUAAUUUGGUUCGUAUUCAACUUUUGUCUUUUAAAAUCUCAUGCCCUCAAUCAGAAUAUAAGUUUAAUUAUAAAAAAUUUAAACCAACCCAGCCCAGGGGAAAAAAGAAAAGAAAAAGAAAAGAGUACUAUCCAAGCCAAUCCAAGUAUUAGAUUUGGAUCUGUCCAAGUUGCGGUCAAGUUAUCUUUGCAGCCAAACGCUUCCUGCAAGCCCUAACUCUAGAUUUACGCGCCAAAAUCUGAUAACUGGAAAACACCACAGGAACAAGGUAGGAAGAAAAAGAAAUUAAAGGACAAUCUCUCUCUACAUAGUAUGGCCGCAAUCGGAUGGUACGGACCCCUAAUUGAUCUGUCCAAAGCUUCUUCUCACAUUGGCGAUUAUGUUCAGUUGCUCGUUUUCGUUCAUAGAUCUACUCCUAUUCAGUAUAAGGUCCCAAAUGGCAGAGAAGUAAUCAGGACAGAUAUUCAGGUGGGUGACGAUACACGUCCAUUUUUCCCUGUAUCCAUAUGGCAAAAGCAAAUGAGGUCCAUGGCAUCUGCUGGAGAUAUCAUUCUUCUACAGAAUGUCAGAAUUUCACGAUUUGGGGAUAUUGUUGAGGCCAGAACCGUCCAACACUCAUCUUUACAAUGUUUAGUCCGUUCUUCUGAAAUGCUCGUUACCAAGGAUGCAGAUGAUGCAGUUCGGGAUUGUCGAAUUGGGAUAACCACCAUGGGAAAGCUUAAGAAAGUUAUCAAAUGGGUGCAGCGAGCUGGAUCUACCCUUUACAAUGUCAAAUUGCACAGCUAUCAAAACAAGAGGCAGGUGUCAAUAAACUGGAAAGUGCAUGAAGAGGGAGAUUCUAAAGAUUGUUUUUCACUUCUAGAAGUAUCGCUUCUAAAUGAUUCCUGUAAGGCAACCUUUUAUGCAUCUGUUGGUGAAAUUUUUCUGCCAUUUACCGGGAAAAAUCUUUCUGAAUCUGAGGAUGAAAGGAUGUUCGUCAGCACGAGAUUAUCUAUAAUGGGAAAUAACGAUUUAGCUGAAGAUCUCAUAUGUACUGGCUGCAAGAUAUGUGGCUCUCCUUUAAAUAAGAUAGGGUCUACGUUUGAACAAAGCUCUCUUUCACUGUAUUGUCCAAAAAGCUCUAACCACUUCCAUGCUGCAAGCUCAAUAUAUAGACCCUUCAUGUUAUAUGUAUGGGAUGACUCGAAAUAUAUCCCACUCCUCGUCCGAAACAAGGCUGCUGAACUCUUGUUUGGAAACAUCGGGGCUGAGAGAGUAUACUCAUCCUAUCAGGGCCAAAAGCAUUGUCAGAAACCUAAUCCAAAUAAGGUUCACAAGAAAGUUUAUUCUAAUGCAAGAGCCACCAAGCGAAAUGAUGAUGGUGGUUCUCACUCAGCUGGUGCAAAUGAUAGCCUGGGCCCAAAUGAAGAACAGCAAUGUGACAAAAACCCAAACUUCUAUUUAAUUUGGUUAGUUUUGCUGAAAAUGUUACUGCAACAAGGAAAAAACAGCCAAUUGAAAUUCGAAGUUACAAUUGAUGCAGGGAGAGAUUGGGAAAGUGGGAGGUUCGAAAUGUUGGGUGUGACAUUUCCAUGCUUAGGAAUUAAUACAAAUUUUCAAAAGCUUAAUGUGUGAUGCCUUGAUACAUUUGUUUCCCCUGCAAGGCCAGAUUAGUUUUCAUGCCGUACAUUUAGGUUAAUAUGUAUUCUAAUGUUCUUGGAUGAUAGGGUCUCAGGGUUACUACCCAAUAUCUUUGGUUCGUGGCUAAUUGCAGAUAUUCAGGGUUUACCUUGUUGUCACAAGUCCAAAGGGCGCCUGGUUGGAACGGAUCCUCAUUCCCUCCUCCUAACAACGGUAAUUCUCUUCUCAACUAGUGGCAAAGCUUCUUUACAGUGCUUGGCUUAUACUUAUUUGCCUAUUUCCUUGUACUGUGAGAGGUUUUGGGUUUUAUUUGUUGGUUAUCAUACUGUUUACUCCCUUUGUU